AUGUUGACUAUUGGCUUACACUUUCCUCGGUCUACCGGGUUGCUUACCGCCCCGGUAGAUCCUUACCUCCUUUGCCGUCAGUUUGAUUACCGUCAGUUUGUCAAGAUGAUUCAGAAUCUGAUUCUGUCGGUCACCAAUUACAAAUCAAAAUUGACGGUCGAAGUAAAACGUCCAUGUCUGCAACUUUUCCCAGAGAUGGCAUUGCUGGACAUUGUAGCUUUGACAAAUUCAAGACUCGCAGGUCCUGUGGCGUGUGCAGCCGAUGACUUGGAACUCUCGCUAGUUGACGGCCCUGAUCAGAUCGAGUUCUUUGACAACUACUUCAUGGAGUCUGUCCCAACUAGGGAAAGAUUCCAUAACCACCCUGAGGCCUUUCCUGGCAACGAAUAUGGUCCCGCCGAGUCCCACUACCCAUCGGGUUACGAUGUGGCCACUUUCAACGACUUUUCCCCCACCACUUCCAUGUCACUGCUCCAGCCACUGUCGCUUCUGUCGUCUUUCCACUACGAACAUCCUAACGGCAGAGCAUUUGCUAUGAACGCAAAGCAGCAGCCUCCUUUUGUCCAGAUCCAGUAUGCUGCCAAUAUGGUUGCUCCACAAAUGAACUCUUACUUCAACGACUUCAAUCAACCCAUGAUGGGUCGUGAGGGCUCCUCGGUUUAUGGAUCCUCAUCGGAGUCGUAUGCCUCUCCUUUGGAUGAAAUGUUCUUCAAAGCUCCUCCUUCAGAAGGAAGUGCUGUAGUUGUAAACAACAACGUCGAGGACGCUCCACUUUCCAGAAAGCGGAAAUACAAAGGCUCUAGUCCUUUGGCACCAAGGGAUCUGUUUGUUAGUGAAAUGGCCUACCAAGAGAAAGAUUCGGCUAUCGAGAACUCCGAAUUGGAACUGCCAUGCAACUUAAAGUUUGAGCCUUCAAAGAAAGUUCGGUUGAACUCGUUUGCUAAAGUUAAAUGUGAAGAAGAAGAAAGAAAGGAAUACGUGUGCAAAGAGUGUGACGCCAGCUUUAAAGUGAAAUCGUACUUGACCAGACAUAUGCGGAAGCAUAACAAUGCCAAAGCAUUUGUCUGUCCAUUCUUCGAGGAAAGUGAACUCGAGUGUGGUGCUAAAAAUGCAACAAAGUGCCACCCAACUGGUGGAUUCUCUCGUAGAGACACUUACAAAACGCAUUUGAAAGCUUUACAUUUUAUUUACCCUCCUGGAACUAAAUCUAGUGACAGAAACUCAAUCGGAGGAAGAUGUGCUGGGUGUUUUGAAUUCUUCGAUAGCAACGCAGACUGGUUGAAGAACCACAUCGAAGGAGGUGCUUGUAAAGGUACUGUUGGGUUUGAAGGAGUGAAGGUUAAGCUUGAAGGUGUCUAA